AUGGGCUCUGCGCCCUGCGGACCCCUGGUCAAGGCAGAGGAUGACGACAAUGCUGCUGAAGACGAGGUGGUGUCAGCAGCUGCGGUGUGAGUGGGGGGAGGUCCUUUCGGGAGGGAGGGUGCUUUUGGGAGAAGUGGGUCUGGCCCCCCACAAGGUUUGAAGGACAGUGGACUGGUCCCCUCCUGAAAAAAUGUUGACCCUUGGGCUAAGCCCUAGUUGCCCUAAUGGAUCAGUGCCCACUGGGCACUGCUGGGCACAGUGAGACUUCCUAGAAUCUGCAAGCCUCCCUCCAGCUUUGGAAUGGGCAAUUAAUCCAAAGCAUAGGUUAGUUAAACAGAGAACCAAAGCUCAGGCUUUCCAAAUAUUGCUUCAGAUUUGGGGUGGGGUGUGAGCCAAGGUCUCCUAGGAGUGAUCCAGAAUUCAUAGAGGCCACAUCCCAAGUGUUUAAUUGGACUCUGAAGUGAAGUGCGAGUGAGGGAGCUCAGAAAGUCCUAGCCAGGCGUGGGGCAUGUGUUUUUGAACUGCAGUUCCCACCAUCUCCAGAGAGCAUGGCCAAUGGUCAGGGAUGAUGGGAGUUGUAGUGCAACAAGAUCUGGAGAGCUAUAGGUUCCUCAUCCUGCCAUACCAAAUUAACCAGAAGUAAAUCAUGUUCAAUUCAAUGGGACUUGUUUUUAAGUAAUUCUGUGUAGCUGGGAUGGGGCAUGUCUGGCCUUCAAGAUGCUGUGGAGCUACAUCACCCUGAGCCCUGACCACGUUGACAGAGACUUAUGGGAGCUGGAGUCCCACAACAUAUGGAUGAUCAUGGGUUCCUCACCCCCAGUUUAUGAGAUCACACUGUUCGGCGCCUAUCAAGCCUUCCUCUGACAUCUGGUAUCUUUACUGCCAUGCAAACAAAAGAACCCUGUAUCCUGUAUCUCUGCAUCCUGUAACUGCUGCUUCUUCAAAUCGCAAUCGCAUGGUUCUGGUUUCUACACUACUUGUUUCACUCUGAGCAGCAGGAGGGAGGGAGGACGAUCAGGUCAAACCAGGAGGAGGUGCUGCUGCCUUUAUUGCUCUGAGCCUUUUCAUUACAGGAGAGACUAAUUGCGACUCAAGUUCAACUCUGUGGUUUGGAACUUAACCUUGAUGCAGACUUUAAAUGCUGCCUGUGUUGGAGGGAAUGUUAGGGAGGGAGUUCUACCUAUCGGUGGCAAAUGGUGGGUAAUAGUCAGGAAAUUAAUUAGAAAGAUUGGCAUAUUAGACGAAAGAAAAAGCAACCUUAGGUCCUUUGAAACCUGUAUGCUUGUGAGCAUAAGUUUAGAUAUCUCUGACAGGUCUGGAAAAUUGAUGCUGCUAUGUAAGAACUUAAGAAAAGCCCUGCUGGAUCAGGACCAUCUAGUCCAGCAUCCUGUUCUCACAGUGGCCAAUGAGAUGCUUCUGGGAAGCCUGCAGGCGCGACCUGAACUCUCUCCACUAGUGAUUACCAGCAACUGGGAUUCAGAGGCAAACUGCAUCUAGCAGUGGAGAUAAUGUUGAAUUAAAAUCCAGGUGAUGGUCCAGCUGGGUUGUGUACAUGGAAAGCAGGGAGAUGGGACCACCUUGUCCUUCCCCUCAAGCAGAAAAAAUGUCUUGGGCAUCUAGUAUUUCUCAUUCAGGCGUAUCCAACAUGGUACCCGCCCCCCCAGAUGUUGUGGAUGACAAUUUCCAUCAUCCCUGAUCUUUGACCAUGCUGGCUUGAGUUUGAUGGGACUUGUUGCCAUCCAACAACAUCUGUUGGCUCCCCCUGUGCUAGUUCCACCCUUUGUUUAUUAUUCAUUCAGUGUUAAAGAGAAGAGACUGGGGAGAGAGGUAAAGAUGAACAAAGAAGAUGACAAUAAUAUAAUUAUGAUCUCUUCUCUUGGUACAGUUCAGAGGUAGAUCAUGUCAUGUCCCAAGUGUCAGGUGUUCUUUUCUUCUGUGGCAAUUGACUGAUACUGUUCAUAGUAUUAGUCUGAUAAUAUCUCACCAGCAAAAGCCUUCAGCCUGGAUUUCAGCCAGCAGGACUAAUGUCUUCUACUGGCCUUGGGCAGAAGGCAGCGAUAGAUAAAAAUCAAGCUGACACAUAAUCCCUAAAGAAAGAAGUCCAGCCAUGAUCAGUUGAGUCUGUCCCCCCCGCCCCGCAUUGCUUGUCAGCAAGAUGUUCCUAAGACACCAGAGGAGAGUUUCCCAAAAUGCCACUCAGUGACAUUGAUUUGCAGUGGAAUGCAUAAAUUGCCUCCAUUGACAACUUUAUUGUUAGAUGGCAUGUCUGCCUGAGAUGGCAAAGUGGGAAAUGGUUAUAGCUGUGAUAGAGCACCUGCUUUGCAUGCAGAAGGUCCCAGGUUCCCUCCCUGAAAUCUCCAGGAAUAUCUGCCAGUCAGUGUAGACAAUACUGAGCUAGAUGGGCCAAUGGUCUGACUCAGUAUAAGACUAUGUCUCCCUGCCUGUCAUAUUUCAUUACUGAUUGCUGUCCUGCAUAUGCAAAACUCUAUGGGUCUGCCCCAUUGUUUCCCUCCCUGUGAUCUUUUCACUUCUCACUAAAUGUGCUGGAGUUUCUGGAUCCUCUCCCUCACUCAAGCCUGUCGCCUGUUCAGCAUCCAACCAUUCUGCCCCCAACUUCAUCUUCUGACCUGUCUUCCGUUUCCCACCACCACUGCCCUGGCUCUGAUCCUUCCUCUUCUGAGGCUUCCGGGGGGGGGGGGUUCCUCCAGCUAGCGCCUCCCACUAAUCCUCAUCAUCCAGCCAGUCCCUGGCAAACUGGUGGGCACCCCACAAGCAGCACUUCUAGCAUUCCAACUAUUAGGUGGCUGGAGAGCACACUCUGUCCUAGCAGAAUGGUGCUUGCAUCGCUCUGUAGGCAUUAGAGCUGGGCAGAAAGAUACCAGCACUCAAUCCAACCUCUUGCUCCCCCACAUCUUGCUCCUUAUCCCAUCACAAAGGGGGUUUGGACCUCUCCCUUAUUUGUGGUUUUUCUAAAAAAAUGAUAUUUAUUACUUUUUCAAAAUUUCCAACACAGCACUACAAACAAAGAGAAAAAGAAAAAAAAGAAAAAACAAUACCAAUACAAUAAAAAAAUGCUACAUGGACUAACAAAUCAAGCAAAAACAAACAAAAACAAUUUAAAAACACCUCAAACAUUUUCAGUAUCUUAUAUUUCAUUCACUUAUUUCCAGCGACUUCCUCACACCUCCCUUUUUGUAUUCCACUUCUAUUAUUUGUUUCAGCAAUUCCUUUCCAUCUUACUCUGUUUUCUGUUCUAUAAUUAUCUUAACACAUUCUUGCCAUACUUUUCCUUUAAUUUUCUAUUAAUCUAUUUAUACUUAAUUCCUUAUGACAUUUCUACUAAAGCCAUGUAAUUUCAUUCCAACAUUUUUCUAACAUUCCUUAAUUUUACAAUAUUUCUAUAGAUAGUCUUUAAACUUUUUCCAGUCUUCUUCCACCGACUCUUCACCCUGGUCUCGGGUCUUGCCAGUCAUUUCCGCCAAUUCCCUAUAGUCCAUCAACUUCGUCUGCCAUUGUCCAACACUUCAGUGUUUUCAAGAAGCAACCAUUCUCUCAACCAGCAAAAGGCAGAUGGUUCACAACGAAGUUUAAAGGUCUGGCAGGGCAGGUCCACCUCCUUCUUUAGCAUCCAUCAAUAUCUUAAGCUUAACUCGAGGCUUCCUGCCCUGCCAAACAACUCUAGGAGCAUCCCUCUGCCACCUCCUAAGACCCUCCAUCCCAUCUAGAGCUUGCAAUGUUUGAAACAAAAGCAACAUCCCCAGCAACACAGCAGCCCUCAUCCCCACCACAAUGACUCGGCCCAACAGUAACAACUUCUGAUUUGUCCAUAUUUCCAAAUCCCCCUUCUCUUCAAUCCAACAUCCUUCACAGUUGUCCUUAAGCAGAUUCACAUUUUUGGCGGUCAUACUAACCCCCAAAUACCUCUCUUUCUCAACCAAUGUUAGUCCUGUUGCCUCCUGAAACUCUGUCAGGCUUUCCUUUUCCAAUUCAGAUAGGGCUCUGGUCCUCAAAUUCAUCCGUUCUUCUUUAAGUUCAAUCAUAACGAAUGUCAGCUUAUGUUCAUCAAGUUGUCUUUGUAUGGAUGGGACUCUCCUCUCCAGUUGUAUUACUUUAAAUUCAGCAGCAAGGGUUUUUUCCCUGACUUCAUCUGCAGUUUGCCGUAUCAGAGUAGAUUCCUGUAUCAGUUUCUGGGUGGUUUCUGAAUUGGUAUUCACCUUUUGUCCCAAAUUAUUUAAACUUUCUACAAUUAAAUCAGUUUCAAUAUUUGCAACAUCCAAUUUCACAUUUAUCGCAUCUGUUUUCUUAUGGAGUUGUUCCAGCGAAUCGUUUAUUUUCAAUAAUGCAGCCACUAAGGCCUCCUCUGUCGACAUCCCGUCUGUUUUUUCCUUUCCGUUUGCCAUAACACUUAAGAGAUUCAAGGUCAAUUCCAAAGUCUCACACUUUUCUUAUCUUGCAGCUGGAAAUUCCCCUAGCCCAGCUCCUAUAAAGUAACCAAUUUCAAAAGCUUCCACUAGGGGAAAACAGGUUGUAUUUGUAUCGGUCAAUAUGUCCUCUUUUAAACACAGUUUCAAUAAUCCAAAGUUAGUUUCAAUUUUCAGUUACUUUCCUCCUUUUUUAAAAACAGCCGGAAACAGUAGAAACAAUGUAUUUCUCUUAUUUAGCUAGCUGUCAAUGAACGUUCUAAGAGCUGUCAAUGAACAUUCCAAAAAAAAGAGGGGGAAAAAAUCAGUCUUACUAGCAGCCCGUUUCCAGGGUCAGAGCGGCGGUGUUUUAAGCCUCUUCGCUCUCUCCCGCAGGCAUACUCAAUCCGCAACUUCCCCCUCUCUUCUCCUGCCUCCAAGAAGGGGUUUAAUGUUCUUUACCGUUGGAAAUUUGAUCUUUUACAAAAGACCUUCCAGGACUCCAGCUUGCAACUUCAUUGCCUCAGUCUAUUUACAAAAAGGGAAGGCGGACUUCCUGUUUUGAACCUCCCCGUUACGAUACCAAAUUAAACUUUUAGAGAUCCAAUUCUUCCGUUUCAGCUCUACUCACUUACUUUAAAGUCAAAUUGUCCACAGGAAAAGGUCAGCGCUCUCCGGCAACAGCUAUGUGGCUUCGCUCCGUGGAAGAAGCAGACGAUUCGAUGCACCGCGCCGCUCACCCCACGUCGCUCCGGAGCCCCAAAAACUGGGGUUCCCCACGAGUGGGGGAGGCGCAAAAGGUGCCCGCCGAAUCCCACGUUCACAGGCUUCUCCCGCCUGUGAUUUUAAUGGGUCUCCGCCUUCGCCGUGGCGGCCAGACCCAGAUUUCCACGGAGCAGAUUCCUCCCGGUCAGAGGAAUUCUGCCAUUGCUGGAGGCGCCUCCACCGGAAGUCCGGACCUCUCCCUUAUUUGGUGCUGUCUUGGUUGUAUUUGUUAGCUGUGUGAGCCGCCCUGGCAACAUUUACAAGCAGGGUGGCACAGUCAUGUUAAGAUUAGAUUUAAACGCAAACACUAAAAGACCAGAAGCUGAGCAUUUGGAAGGAACAAGUCCCUUCUGGUUUUGUUACUAGAUUCAGCAAUAACACACACACACCCCAAACCCGUCUGCUUGCCUGCCCCCCUGUUUCUUUCUUGCAGGCAAAACAAUCGGAAUGUUGUGGGCUUUGUUAUGCAAUGCUUGUAACAUCGUUGGAGAGAACUGUAAAACUUCAAGCGAUUAUUGUUAAUCAGGAAAUUUUCAGGCGAUCAGUUCCCCAUGGUUACCAAAGAGAUUUCUGAAAGCAAACCUGGCAGACAAUAAAACAAUUGAUCAUAAUUAUUUAGUCAUGGGGAAUUAGAUUAAAAAGAAGAGACAAGAAGAGCAGAAAUCCGUAUGAAGGAGGAAUGUGUGGCUGGUGCUGCAGCUGCAAAGAUAGAGGGAAAUUGAUUUCUUUUUUGCCAAAGGAAAGUGGGGGCGGAGGGAAGGGGAGAUAACUCUUGAAGCAAUUUUGAUGCUUCUUCCUUAUGAAUUCUCACACAAUAGCCUUUACUCUCCCCUAAACAUAAAAUCCUAUAAAAGGAUCAGUCUUUCUUGUACAGAUAGUGCUAUUGGAGUGCUAUUGGAUGCGGAUGGUGCUGUGGUCUAAACAACCGGGCCUCUUGGGCUUGCUGAUCAAAAGGUUGGUGGUUCAAAUCCCUGUGAUGGGGUGAGCUCCCAUUGCUCUGUCCCAGCUCUUGCCAACCUAGCUGUUCGAAAGCAUGCCAGUGCAAGUAGAUAAAUAGGUACCAAUGUGGUGGGAAGGUAAAUGGGGUUUCAGUGUGCUCUAGUUUCCAUCACAGUGUUCUGUUGCACCAGAAGCGGUUUAGUAAUGCUGGCCACAUGACCCGGAAAAAUGACUGUGGACAAACGCUGGCUCUCUUUGGCCUGAAAGCAAAAUGAGCAUGCAACCCCGUAGUCACCUGUGGCUGGACUUAACUAUUCAGGGGUCCUUUACCUUUUUACCUUUCUUGGAGCUGAAGUAGCUUUUGUGUAGGGGAAGGAUGGGGAACCUCAGGCUCAGGGGUCAGAUGCAGCCCCCCAAGCCUCUCUACCUGGCUCUUGGGACUCUCCUCAGGUCCCACACCCUCCCCCGCCACAACCCUCACUGGCCCUGUUUCUCACCCUCCUUGAAUGUUUUUGCCUGGCUGGAAUAUGCCUUUGAACUCUGUGAGUGCCUCUCGCUUGCCUGGGUGGAGAGGGCUGUGUGAGUGUGUGCAGAAACCACACACACACCAUACAUUGCUGCUGCUUUGGCCUCUGUUCUUGCACACCACUGGCAUGUGGGCCUCACCAACAGUCACCUCUUCAACAGCAGCAGCAUGCAUAGAGGCCCUUGUUUGUGUAGUUGUGAGUCAGGGCUCUCCAAGGACAGAAAAGGUGCUUUCCGUUAGGGGCAAUUGUAGCGACGCAUAGAAAGGGGCUGCAUGCAGAUGGCCCUUUCUUCCCUUCCCCUGACAUUUCCUUCCCUGUUAACUUCUGCAUUUUAUGUUAUCUUUUACAUAAUGGAAAAGCCGCUUCUGGAAGCCUGGUGAAAUCUAUUGGACGUUUAGCACUCGUUUCUGUGAUCAUUGUUUCUAGAGGAGGAAAUAUCAGUUUGCAACCCUGUUAACUCGGAAAAUUUUAUUUUGCAAUUGCACGUGAUGAAAUCUGGGGCCAGUCUCGCAACAGACAGCUCUUUACGACCGUUUGAAAUGCAGCGUGGCAUGGCAGUAUAACUAUCCAAAGGCUACAGUUCUACAAUGCAACAGGUAGUGCAGCAUAAAAGGAAUGUGGUGUUUCUUGUGUUUGUUUUCUAACAUAUGAAUUCAGCCAAGGGACACACACACACACACAACGCAACAGGUGCUCACUUGUAGGAAUGAGAGAGAAAAUCAGUUUGGCUGACAUUUAAAGGCAAACCUACCUAGUCCCCUUGUGUCUAAACCAGGGGUCGGCAAGGCUUACCGGAUCACUCCCACGGAGAUCCUCCGUGGGCUGGACUGGCACAGCACGAUGCCGGAAAUCAUGUCUGCGCAUGUCCGUGGUGCCAGAAAUUGUUUCUGCGCAUGCCCAGAUGCUGAAAAUCGUGCCUGCGCAGAAGUGAUUUCUGGAGCCGCGGAAGAGAGUCCCCCCGCCACGCUGCACCGGUUUAGUGCAGCGCGCGGGGACUCGCCGAGUGGGUGGCUCAGUUCGGGGGCAGCUCAUGGGCCAGUAAAGCUACCCUCAUGGGCUGCUUGCGGCCCAUGAGCCUUAGGUUGCCGACCUCUGGUCUAAACAAAGCCAACUAUUUCCCCCAUCCCGAAUUUCCACUUCUCAGAAUUUUGCAAAAAAUCUCCUUCUAAUGUGCAUAUGCAAGAAUGCAUAUAUUAGGGGAAAGUUUGUGUAUAAAUACAAGCAUUCAUGAACAUGCAUUAUAUCAGGGGAAACUGCCUGCAAAAAAAAGCCGACACAUUUCAAUGAGGAUUUUUUAAUUUCAAAAAUCGCAAACCAAUGUGGAAGUGUGGCGAGCUGAAUUUUAUACUGGGAAAAUGAGAAACUGAGAUAAACCUAAACUGGCAGAUUAAUCUAUCCUUCCUUGCAUGCAGAGGGAUUCUGGACUAUUGGGAUCAGGACAAUGAAUGUGGCUAUUCGAUGGGGAGGGAGUCCUCUUGUCCUUCCUACAUGCCCAUUGGAAGCAGGUAGAAGUUAUCUAUGAAAAUACUGAUAAGCCUUAAGAUGAAUGCCUUUGGCAAAAUGCAACAAACCUAUCUGAUGACUGCAUGAGUGGGCUUGAAUAGUGGAACAGUACUUAUUUAUUUUUCUGUUCUAAAGUGUAUCCCUGAUGGUUGGUGUGCAUGUGUAUCAAGAUAGCCUAGUCAUUUUGUCACAAUGUACAGAGAGAUCAAUAUUGUUAUCACUCCCGUCUUUGUGAAAAUAACUGAGAUACAUGCUGGAACAUUCUCAUAUGUAUAUCGUAAAUGCUGCCUUUCCAAAAGCAACUGAAUCCUGGGUUUUUUGCUUUGCUUUCUAACCUCUCUGGUGAUGAUGCUUUUGAAAACCGAUAUCCAGGAUUUAAUGGGCCCUUAACAAUAUUCAUGGGAAGAAGGAACAGGGCCAAAAAAAAUUAGACAAAUGAAAGAAAAAGAAUAACUGAUGCAGGAUAUAAUUAAAACAAACAAACAAACAAAAAACCUCCAAGGUUUAAUGAUAAUGGCAGUUUUUACAAUGAAAUUGUAAAACAGACUGCGUGGAAAGCAAUGUUUCUCAUUGGAAGUUUCUCAAGCAGAAGCUUGAGGGCCACCUUUCAAGAUUGCUGCAGCAGUCAGCUUCCAAAAAUAAACAGUGGGUUGGUUUAGUUGACCUCUAAGUUCUCUUGCAGUUCUAUGCUUUACUUUCGAGUAGUGCAGCUGAUUUACUGGAAAUGCAAAACUAUCCCUUCUAACCCUCUUAAAAAUGCCACCCAGAUUUCGGCACAUACUUACCGGCAUUUAAGUCUUAGUGGUUCAGGCGGCUCUUAAGUGUGCAUAUUGGCGUAGAAUAACAGAAAGCACUGGUUCCAAUGUGACAGCAAAAACUACUGGGCAUGUUUGGCGGCGGCAUCUUUGAGAUGUUCAACUUUUCCCCUGCAAUGAUGGAGGGAAAUCUAGGCACUCGUUUGAGCCCUUUGCUUCCUUGAAUAAUUUAAGCACUCAAAUCCAUAUUUAAUGGAUAAGGUCUUGUUCACCAAGACAGUAAAAUGAAGAAAAUGGAUCCUGGUGGUAAAAAAGAGAGAAGAAAAUCAAAGUUCUGGUCAGAUAUAUUCCCUCUAGGAGAGAUUAAUGUGGGAAGGAAGGAUAUGAAAGAAUAAAGGCGAAAAAUGAGGGAAGGAGGCAGAACAAUAAGGAGCCUGCUGAGGAGAAACUAUAGUCAUUUCUUCGCUCUCCUUCCCCAUGUUUCAAUAAAAAAUAUAUUGCAUUUUCAUUCCAUCCUUCUUCCAAAGGGCUCAGUGGCCUCCCCCCCCACACACACUGGAUCUUUCCUGACAGCCCUGUGAACAAGUUUGGGCUAAUAAACAGCAACAGUCUCCAGGUCUUCCAGGUGGUUUCAUGGAGUAGGGUCUUCCAGUGCCAACAUUUAUUUAUUGCAUUUAUUUUAUUGCAUUUAUAUCCACCUAUUUUUGUACAAGGAGCUCAAAGUGGUGCACACAGUUCUCCCUUUCCUCAUUUUCUCCCCACAACAACCCUGUGAAGUAGGUCAGGCUGAGAGGUGACUGGCCCAAGGUCACCCAGUGAGCUUCAUAACCAAGUGGGGAUUUGAACCCUGGUCUCCCGAGUCCUAGACCGACACUCUAACCCCUGCACCACACUGGCUCCUUAUUCUAAAGGCUAGUCCAGCUUUUCCCAACCUCGGGUCCCCAGAUCACCCUCCUGUCCUGUGAUUUCCAGCAACUGGUAUUCAGAAUCAAACUGCCUCCGCCAGUGGGAGUACAACAUAGCCUGACCACGGUGGUCCACGUAUUGGUAACUUCAAGGCUAGUUUACUGCAAUGCGCUCUGUGUGGGGCUGCCCUUGGGUCUGAUCUGGAAGCUCCAGCUGGUGCAGAAUGCAGUGACCAGACUGCUGAUGGGAGUUUCUGGCUGAGAACGUGUAACAGCGUUGUUAAAACAGCUGCAUCAGCUACCCAUCUGCUACCCAGCCAAGUUCAUGGUCCUUGUAUUGACUUACAAAGUCCUACCAAAAGCGAUUAGGAGGGGAGGAUGCAUAUGGAAUUAAUUCUUUCCCAAGUUCAGUAUGAACUGACCUGGCUGACACCUCCUGAACUAAUGAGCAGGCAUGAAAUGCAGAGCUCUCCUUGCCAUUUGGCAACUUCUCCAAGCUUUGUGAUGUAGUUGUUUGCUUUAAAAGGUAAUGAGACACAUAUUAAAAAUGUGUACUGAUUUAGCAAUGCAGCACUUUUGAAAAAAAAAAUAUGGAUUUUCAUGCAUUUUUUUAAUUAGAACAGCAGAUUAAUGCUAUUGGACCAGAUGUAUAAAUGAACGCAUUUGAAACUGACAGGGACCAGAGGAAGAAUGAUUAAUCCAUCCCCAGAGGUAGGGGCCUGAAUUUCACAUACUAUUUUGAACUAACUGUAUCGUUAAUUGCAGGACUCUUUCUUUUUUAAACAAGGGUACAACAACAAAGCUGAGAAAUCUGACAGCUUGGGGGCCUUUAUUCAUCCAGACCAGGAAACACCCAUGCUUCCUGGGCAGAGAGCAAGCAUAAUCUACAGUUGACACGCCUUUCCCUUUGUCUCCUCCCUGCAGAUACACCAAGAUGAAAACAGCCACUAAUAUCUACAUCUUCAACUUGGCCUUGGCAGAUGCCUUGGCCACUAGCACACUGCCCUUCCAGAGUGCUAAGUACCUGAUGGAGACCUGGCCUUUUGGGGAGCUGCUCUGCAAGGUUGUCCUCUCCAUUGACUACUACAACAUGUUUACGAGCAUCUUCACCCUCACCAUGAUGAGCGUGGACCGGUACAUAGCCGUCUGCCAUCCAGUCAAGGCCCUGGAUUUCCGGACCCCAGCAAAAGCGAAGUUAAUCAAUGUUUGCAUCUGGGUUCUUUCGUCUGUCAUUGGGGUGCCCAUCAUGAUCAUGGCUGUCACCCGAUCUCAAGGCAAGUGUCUUGUUGCCACAUUCCAGUCAAUUCUUCUUUGUGUGGGCUUUGGAAGGCAGAGACACCACUUUCCUGCUCUAUAGCCAGUGUGGUGUAGUGGUUAAGAGUGGUAGUCUCGUAAUCUGGGGAACCGGGUUCGCGUCUCCGCUCCUCCACAUGCAGCUGCUGGGUGACCUUGGGCCAGUCACACUUCUUUGAAGUCUCUCAGCCCCACUCACCUCACAGAGUGUUUGUUGUGGGGGAGGAAGGGAAAGGAGAAUGUUAGCCGCUUUGAGACUCCUGAAGGGGAGUGAAAGGCGGGAUAUCAAAUCCAAAAUCUUCUUCUUCUUCUUCUUAUAAACCACAGCCAGAGAUGCCCAUAAGGCUGUACAUAGAUGUGUGUGAUUUUAUCAGUGAGUCUGCUGUAAAAGUUCCCUCACCACAUUUUGGACACACGUAGAACCUUCUGACUUGGACUAAGCUUAGGGAACAUUGGAUCUUUCCGUUUUCAGUGGAAGGCAUAUUAGCACAGCACUGUUUCAAGCAUGAGGCAACCUCCCCACACCACAGUACUAAUUGGCUAGUCCCUGUGUCAGUCAUGAACCUCCUCAGACUUCUCAGAGCAGUUUUGAAACUGUUCUGCCACAAAUAGCAGCUUCUUUCCUGCAAUAGAUAGAAAAUGUCUCCCUCCACAAAAUAGUUCCUAUGGGACCUUGGCAGAGGAUAAAAUAGUGUUUGGUUUCUUAAAGGUUAAAGAACCCUCCCUGCACACCAUAUCCCCAACCUGGUUGCCUAUUUAAAACUAUACAUCCCCCAUUUAACAUAAAUUCAACUAUCUAGUCGUCAGGAGGUGGAUCUGAAGAACCACCAAGAGAAACAAAGUUUAAAAAAAGGUAGUUCUAAACCACAGGACACUAAAUACCACCACCACGACCUUGUCUAAAUUCCAGGAAAAGGAGCUAUCUAAAAGCAUGGUUCCAGAGACUCCUAUUUCUGCAAGUCUCAUGGGCUUAUACUGUUCCACCUCAAAGACAAAGCACGUAUUGAAAGUCCCAAAUUCUUCUCCAUCUCAGAUUUUGAUUCUGAGCCAGAGAAGAUUCCCCUACUGGAUGUGGGGAGCACAAUGAGUCACAUGGCUGAGAUGGCGAAUUGGGAGUGGCAGCUAGCUGGCCAGUUGAUUGGUUAGCUCGCUAGCCCUGCCACCACUUCUCCCUACCAACUUCUGCCCCAUCCUGCUGCUUUCAUCCAGCCUUCAUGGUAGCUGCCAACAAAGGCAUGAGUGCUUAGUGCCUCGCUCUGAGAAAUGGGUGAGGCACUGUGGGUGAAGUUGCUUGGAGUUACUGUUUAACGUUUACCUUAAGUCUUUAAAGCCUCUUUGCUAGCAGUGAGCAAGCAACCAGGCCAGCAGGCAAGUUAGGUUGGAGGAAGCAGCAGGAAGAUAGGUGGCAGAGGCAGUUUCAGGAGCUGCAAUGUCUUGCACUGACCCUGCCUUUUGUGUGCUGGAGCAGAGAGAGGUAAACUUCCCUUCCUUCCUUGGCUGGCCACAGCCAGAACACCAGAAGAGGGCUGAAAGUCUUUGAAAAAUCAUGACCAUGACAGGGAGGCAGGCUUGGGUGGUGAGGGAGAGAGCCUGUAGGCUCACGGAGAAGAGCUUCCACUUGCAUUAUUGUUUUUGCUGUUGCUGCUGCUGCUAUUAAUAUCAGUAGUAGUAUUACUUGUAUUAUUAAUAUUACUAUUAGUAUUAAAAAUAAAAUCUGCUUUAUUCCCUUUGUGAGUUCCAGUUAGUUGAUUGAGUCAUAUACAAGACACUCUUAGGAAUACUUCAUUAUGUUGGCAUGAGUUAGGAGUUACAAUAUCAGCAAGUCCUGAUAUUCCUACAUUUGCUUCAAUGAACAAAGGGCAGUGAAAAUCAGUAUCUGUGCUGACGGAGCCUUGGGAAAUAAUGUCCAAGCUGGACACCUCUCUAUCUCUGUAUCUCCAUCUGCUGAGUGAAAGUCACCUCACUCUCUUCCUCUCCUUUUCCUGCAGGUGGCAUUGUGAUGUGUCUCCUGCAGUUUCCUGAACCUCAGAUCUACUGGGACACAGUCACCAAGAUCUGCGUCUUCAUCUUUGCCUUCUUGGUUCCCAUCUUGGUCAUCACCAUCUGCUACGGGCUCAUGAUUCUCCGCCUGAAGAGUGUCCGCCUCCUUUCAGGCUCCAAGGAGAAGGACCGCAACCUGCGCCGUAUCACACGCAUGGUGCUGGUGGUGGUGGCUGCCUUCAUCAUCUGCUGGACACCCAUCCAGAUCUUUGUCAUUGUUUGGACCCUGGUGGGCAUCGACAAGAAGAACCCCUAUGUGAUGGCCAGCCUCCACUUUUGCAUUGCCCUGGGUUACACCAACAGCAGCCUCAAUCCUGUCCUCUAUGCUUUCUUGGAUGAGAACUUCAAGAGGUGCUUCCGAGAAUUCUGCCUCCCCUUCCGGUCACACAUGGAGCAGAGCAGCUUCAGCCGGGCCCGGAACACCACACGAGAGCGUGUCUCGACUUGCACUCCUUCUGAAGUCCUCAAUAAGUCGGCAUGA